UUCACCCCAACUAUGGUGGGCGCGGGGGAGGCUGCCGAGGCCGGCGGAGGCUAAAGCUACGCGGCUUGGCGGAGCGGAGCCGCGAGAUCGACCAGCAGCAGGGGCGGCGCGGCGCCCCCCCCCGGUCCGGCACCGUCAUGGCUCGCUGGAUCCCCACCAAGCGGGAGAAAUAUGGCGUGGCCAUCUACAAUUACAAAGCAGUCCAAGAUGUGGAGCUCUCUUUACAGGUUGGAGAUACAGUUCACAUACUGGAGAUGUAUGAAGACUGGUACAGAGGAUACAGUCUUCGAAAUAAAUCCAAAAAGGGUAUCUUCCCAUCAACCUACAUCCAUCUCAAGGAGGCAACGGUGCAAGAUGGCGGACAACAUGAGACAGUAAUUCCCAGUGAACUUCCCUUGGUCCAGGAACUCACCUCCACUUUGCGGGAAUGGGUAGUGAUCUGGCAUAGGCUGUAUGUGGAGAACAAAAGCUCCCUCUUUCGCCACGUGCAGCAAAUGACAUAUAGUCUGAUUGAAUGGCGAUCCCAGAUCCUGUCCUGCACCCUCCCCAAGGAUGAGUUGGCCGAACUCAAGAAGAAAGUCACAGCCAAAAUCGAUUAUGGAAACAGGAUUUUGGGACUGGACCUGGUGGUGCGAGAUGAUAAUGGGAACAUACUGGAUCCAGAUGCUACUAGCAUGAUUUCACUCUUUAAAGCACACGAGACAGCAUCCAAAAGAAUCGAUGACAGGAUCCAGGAAGAAAAGUCUCUUCAACAGAAUGUAGACCUACGGGCACAGUCUAUCUUUAAUACCACCCACACCUAUAGCCUCUACAUCAAUUUCAAGAAUUUUGUCUGCAAUAUUGGUGAGGAUGCAGAGCUGCUUAUGAGCCUUUAUGAUCCUGACCAAUCCAAGUUUAUUAGUGAAAACUACCUGGUUCGUUGGGGAAGUAAUGGAAUGCCAAAGGAAAUUGAAAAGCUUAACAACCUUCAAGCUGUCUUUACGGAUCUUAGCAGUUCUGACUUGAUCCGGCCUCGUGUCAGCCUAGUGUGUCAAAUAGUGCGAGUUGGUCACAUGGAGCUGAAAGAGGGCAAGAAGCAUACUUGUGGCCUCCGGAGACCGUUUGGAGUAGCAGUGAUGGACAUUACAGAUAUCAUUCACGGGAAGGUGGACGAUGAAGAAAAGCAGCAUUUUGUUCCAUUUCAGCAGAUUGCCAUGGAAACAUAUAUCAGGCAACGGCAGUUAAUCAUGGCACCUCUAAUAACAUCUCAUGUGAUUGGAGAGAAUGAGCCCCUCACGUCUGUCUUCAACAAAGUCAUUGCUGCCAAGGAAGUAAAUCAUAAAGGUCAAGGCCUCUGGGUUUCUCUGAAACUGCUGCCUGGUGAUUUAGCUCAGGUUCAGAAGGAUUUCUCUCAUCUCAUUGACAGAUCGACAGCUGUGGCCCGCAAAAUGGGAUUCCCAGAGAUUAUAUUGCCUGGUGAAGUUCGGAAUGAUAUCUACGUCACUCUGAUGCAUGGAGAGUUUGACAAAGGGAAGAAGAAGACUCCUAAGAAUGUUGAGGUUACCAUGUCUGUCCACGAUGAAGAUGGAAACAUUUUAGAGAAAGCUAUCCAUCCAGGUGCUGGUUACGAAGGUAUUUCAGAAUACAAAUCAGUUGUCUACUACCAAGUCAAGCAGCCUUGCUGGUAUGAAACUGUAAAGGUCUCCAUAGAAAUAAAAGAGGUUGGCCGCUAUCAUUUAAGAUUUACUUUCCGCCACCGUUCAUCACAGGAAUCAAGAGAUAAAUCUGAACGGGCUUUUGGGGUGGCCUUUCUGAAGCUGAUGAAUGUAGAUGGUACCACUCUGCAGGAUGGCAGGCAUAAUUUAAUAGUCUACAAGGGUGAGAACAAAAAAAUGGAAGAUGCGAAGUUUUAUUUGACGCUUCCCAGCACCAAGAUGGAGGUGGAAGACAGAGAUGGAGUUGCAUUCAAGCAACACAUGACCAAUUUUACUCUGAAUAAGGAUAGCACCAAGGACAGCUUUCAGAUUGCCACGCUCAUCUGUUCAACGAAACUGACACAAAAUGUUGACCUGCUAGGAUUGUUGAAUUGGCGUUCAAACUCUCAGAACAUAGGACACAAUCUGAAGAAGCUGAUGGACGUGGAAGGUGGAGAAAUUGUUAAGUUUCUACAAGAUACCCUUGAUGCACUUUUCAGUAUAAUGAUGGAGAUGUCUGACAAUGAAUCCUACGAUUUUCUUGUAUUUGAUGCAUUGGUAUUUAUUAUUUCCCUGAUUGGAGAUAUCAAGUUUCAGCAUUUUAAUCCUGUACUGGAAACCUACAUUUAUAAACACUUCAGUGCCACCUUGGCCUAUGUAAAACUCACCAAGGUUCUGAAUUUCUAUGUUGGAAAUGCAGAUGAUUCUAGUAAGACAGAAUUGCUAUUUGCUGCUCUGAAAGCUUUGAAGUACCUCUUCAGGUUCAUAGUACAAUCAAGAGUUCUUUACCUAGGAUUUUAUGGAAAAAGUGAAGAUGGAGAUGAGUUUAACAAUGCCAUUCGCAAGCUGUUCCUCUCCUUUAAUGUCCUCAUGGAUAGGCCUCUUGAAGAGGCUGUCAAAAUCAAGGGUGCUACCUUGAAGUAUUUGCCAAACAUUAUUAAUGAUGUCAAACUAGUCUUUGAUCCAGUGGAACUCAGUGUCCUCUUUAGCAAAUUUAUCCAAAGCAUCCCCGAUAAUCAGCUCGUUCGUCAGAAGCUCAAUUGCAUGACCAAGAUUGUGGACAGUGACCUGUUCCGUCAGUCUGAAUGCCGUGACAUUCUUCUCCCCCUGCUGGUAGACCAACUAAGUGGGCAACUGGAUGAUAAUUCCCACAAACCUGACCAUGAAGCCUGUUCACAGCUGCUUAGUAACAUCCUUGAGGUACUCGAUCGGAAGGAAGUGGGCCCGACUGCAGAUCACAUCCAGUUGAUAAUGGAACGGCUGCUGAGGAGGAUAAACCGGACUGUGAUUGGCAUGGGGAGGCAGUCUCCUCACAUUGGUAGUUUUGUAUCUUGCAUGACAGCCAUCUUAAGGCAGAUGGAUGAUUCCCAUUAUAACUGCUACAUCAGCACUUUCAAAACCAGGCAAGAUCUUAUUGAUUUUCUGAUGGAAACCUUCAUCAUGUUUAAAGACCUCAUUGGAAAAAAUGUCUAUGCAAGUGAUUGGAUGGUCAUGAAUAUGAUGCAGAGCAGGAUUUUCCUUCGAGCCAUAAAUCAGUACGCCUCUGUGCUCAACCGCUUCUUCUUGGAUCAGACAAGCUUUGAGCUCCAGCUAUGGAAUAAUUACUUCCACUUGGCAGUAGCCUUUCUUACCCAUGAAUCCCUUCAACUGGAGACUUUUUCUCAGGCUAAACGGAACAAGAUAAUGAAGAAAUACGGGGAUAUGAGGAAGGAAAUUGGCUUCAAGAUAAGGGACAUGUGGUACAACCUUGGGCCUCAUAAGAUCAAGUUCAUCCCUUCUAUGGUGGGCCCAGUUCUGGAAGUGACCUUGACGCCAGAGCCUGAGUUGCGAAAAGCAACCAUCCCUAUCUUUUUUGACAUGAUGCAAUGUGAAUUCAACUUCAGUGGGUGCAGAAAUUUCCGAAUGUUUGAAAAUGAGCUGAUCACUAAAUUAGAUCAAGAAGUGGAAGGUGGUCAAGGAGAUGAACAGUACAAGAUCUUGCUGGAGAAACUCCUCCUGGAGCAUUGCCGGAAGCAUAAGUACCUGUCAAGCUCAGGCGAAGUGUUUGCCCUGUUGGUUAGCAGUCUGCUUGAGAACCUUUUGGAUUACCGAGCGAUUAUGCAUGAUGGGAGCAAAGAGAAUCGCAUGAGUUGCACUGUCAACGUACUGAAUUUCUAUAAAGAAAAGAAAAGAGAGGAUAUAUACAUCAGGUACUUAUAUAAGCUCCGAGAUUUGCAUACUGACUCCGAAAGCUACAGUGAGGCAGCAUAUACACUCCUGCUGCAUGCAGAGUUACUCCAGUGGUCCGAUCAGCCAUGUGCUCAGCAUCUGCUCCAGAGGGACAGCUACUAUGUCUAUUCACAACAGGAGCUCAAGGAGAAACUUUACCAAGAAAUCAUUGUCUUCUUGGACAAAGGCAAAAUGUGGGAGAAGGCGAUCCAGCUAAGCAAAGAAUUGGCUGACAUGUACGAGAACAAAGUGUUUGAUUACGAGAGCCUUGGCAAUCUCUUGAAAAAACGGGCCACGUUCUAUGAGAACAUAAUGAAAGCAAUGAGACCUCAGCCAGAAUAUUUUGCCGUUGGGUAUUUUGGCCAUGGAUUUCCCUCCUUUCUUCGGAACAAGAUGUUCAUCUACCGUGGAAAGGAAUAUGAAAGGAGGGAAGACUUCAUUGUGAAACUGUUGACCCAGUUUCCAAAUGCUGAGAAAAUGAGCAGCACCACCCCACCAACAGAAGACAUCAAAGCUUCUCUAAAGCAGUACAUACAGUGUUUCAUAGUUAAGCCUGUCAUGAACCUUCCUCCAAGAUACAAAGACAAGCCUGUUCCAGAGCAGAUUCUAAACUUUUAUAGAUCCAAUGAGGUGCAACAGUUCCAACACUCCCGACCUUUCAGGAAAGGAGAAAAAGACCCUGAGAAUGAAUUUGCAACCAUGUGGAUAGAACGUACCACCUAUACAACAGCCUAUUCCUUCCCUGGAAUCCUCAAAUGGUUUGAAGUCAAGCAAGUCACUAUGGAGGAAAUCAGCCCCUUGGAGAAUGCCAUUGAAACCAUGGAGCGGACAAAUGAGAAGAUCAGUAACUGCGUCCAACAACAUGCUUGGGACCGCACCUUGCCUGUUCAUCCCCUCUCCAUGCUGUUGAACGGCAUUGUGGAUCCGGCGGUAAUGGGUGGCUACACCAACUAUGAGAAGGCCUUUUUCACUGAGAAAUAUAUUCAAGAACACCCUGAAGAUCAAGAUAAGAUUGAAUUGCUCAAGCAACUAAUUGCUUUACAGAUGCCUUUGCUGGCCGAAGGGAUUCGGAUCCACGGGAAGAAACUGACUGAGCAGUUGAAACCUCUUCAUGAUAGGCUAACCUCUUGCUUCAAGGAGCUGCAAGAGAGAGUGGAGAAGCUCUACGGUGUGACCACCUUGCCUUCCUCACUGACGGAGAGAAAGCAGAGCAGGUCUGGUUCAGUGGUUUUGCCCUACAUUAUGUCCUCCACAUUGAGAAGGCUGUCAGUUACUUCUGUCACUUCCUCAGUGGGAUCAACAUCCUCUACAUCAUCUGACAGUGCUUCCUCCAGACCAGGAUCAGAUGGAUCUAUUCUUGAGCCACUGGUGGAGAGAAGAAGUUCAGCAUCCUCCAGGAUGGAAGAACAGCCUGCCAAAGAUGAUGCAGAGAACCGGGCUAAUAAAUUCCGUCGGAAAGACUGGAGUCUCAGUAAAUCUCAGGUUAUUGUGGAGAAGGAGCCAGAGGCUGAGCUGGCUUCCAAAACGAAUGCAUCAGGAAAAGCACCCAGGCCAAAGAGCCUGCAACUGGGGGAAAGCAAACUAACUCUGCUUCAAAACUCAUCCCUUCAACAAGCCACAGCACUCAGCCCACCGCCAAUCACUCCCAAAACGCCGAGAACUCAAAGUUUCCCUUCUUUGCAAACAGAUGGAUUAACAACCGCUAACUUGCAAAACUCUCCUCCCCCACCGCCGCCCAAAUGCAAGCCCUAUGAGAAUAGCAGCUCAAGAAACUCCGCAGAGGUGGUUCCACCUCUACCCAUUAGGCGAGAAAUCAAGCCACCACCACCACCUCCUAAAACUAGGAAAUCCGGCGUCCUUUCUUUAGACCCAGAACUACAAUGAGGACUCUAUACCGUCUUGUCUCCUUGCAUCUUGAACUGAAUGUCGGAUGCUCUGUGUGCAAAGCUGGUUCUCCAGAGCUGCUCAGAAUUGGCUUCUUCCUGCUGAACAACUUUGCCUUCCAUUCCUGUUCCUUGGGAUGUGCUCAAAAUCAGCUGCUAAAAUUGUGGCAAAGCUGCUGUUUUGGCUUUCAAGGCUUCUGAUUCUCCUAUUGGCAUCCCAAGACACACCUUCUGAUCAUCUAUGGCAUACUGGGGCUUCUUCAAGGCUAAGAAACAAAUUGUCCAUCAGUACUUGUUCCAUCAUUGAUAAAACACCAGCAGUGUGAAAAUUCUUUCAGUGGAAUUGUUCUAACAACUAAGAUUUUCCUUGGUCUUGAAACAACUAAGCACCACACUGGGAAAACAUAUACUUGCCACUACAGUGGAUUUGCAUGACAAAUUCAAACCCACAUUGCUGCACCUGGACAAUGAAAAGUGUGGAGAAGCAAAUAGAGGUCUUCUAAAAACAGACGAUGAAAACUUCUGAAGAUCUUUCCAUAUGUGCCAGGCAGGAGCCUUGCUCAGUGGUUAUAUCUGUUCCAGAUCCUCUUCAGGCAGGAAAGGGGAUAUGGUUUCCAUCAGUCACCACUGGCCAACAGCUAGAGACUUUGGAAAAGGAUAAGACUGGCAUAAGAGGAAGAAUUCUUUGGCCUGCUUAGCAUAGACACUUUUUACCUAUUCAUUCCAAACUUGCCGCAAAAGCCACCAGCUUCCCAGGGCCUCUGUUGGAAUGUGUAGAUUUGUAUAUGACAGCCCAGAGCACUGGACAGCCCUGCAGAUUCAAUCAUGUUGAGAUAUUAUUUUAUAUUUACAUGCUUUGCUUUUCCAGGAACAUGAAUAUGGAUCAAAAAAAAUUGUUUUGCAUUUGUCUAUUCCCACAGUUGACCAACUGUGCCCUUGAAAGUCUUGUGGUCUCUUUUUCUCUCAAGUGUUUGCAAGCUCUGUCACAUACACCGCUCAUUCCUUUCUUUGUUGCACACUUUUCCAAAGUUUUGCAUACAAACGGAGUGGCCUGCACUACUGUAACUUUGGAGACAUGUUUAACCGAAUUCUGGAUGUAUUUUUUUUUCUUUAUGAAUUAUUGUGUUGCUUUAAGACUAACCUAAAGGUGUAAUAAUACUUGGAAAUUUGGAGGACGCACUGCAUACAAAAGUGCUUCAUGGUUUUCCGAACUGAAACUGAUAAACCAGGACUGGACAGCAGCUUAAAUGUCUUAUGGAACUCUUCACUAAAAUGCCAGUGGGAGUAUAGCCAUCUGUUGACUUCUAGGUUCUUACUGUAUCUACCUGUGUAUGUCUUACUGUUAACUGAUGCCUCUGUGCUUACUUGUUUAUAGCAGAAGCUCAGGGCUCAGCCCUCAUGGGACUCAAAAUGAUCUCGGAGAUAAUUCAGUUAAUUGGAUUAUGCUAUCUCUGUCCAUCUUCACUUUUGAGUUAUGGGCUAGGUUCACAUAUCACGCUAUGCCAUGAUUUGCUUUAACAAUUACUUCCAAACCACUAUGUUUAAGUCACAUAAGAGUUAAGCCAAGCACCAACUCACUGUAUUAUGGUUUAGCAUGGUGUGCAGCCACAGUGUAGCUAUUUAUUUGCAGCGUGAAUGCAUUGCACAAUACCAUUUUCUAAUAGUGGGAAUUUGGGCAUCCCUGCCCACAGAUUAUGCUUUGAUUGUAUUGAUCAUUCCUGAAUUGCCACUUGUACAGGUGCUUCAGAAGAUGUUCAUCCACAUUAAUUCUUGAGGUUGCAUAAUACUUUCAAAGCAGAGUUACUGUUUUAAAAAGAGAAUUUAGAAUGUCUGUGAUUGGAAAAAUCUGAGAGGCAUGCCCCUGAUUAAGCAGGGGGCACAGUCAUUGAAUUAGCAGACUAGAGCUGUUGAGAUUAGCUUGUGUGUUUGAUUCUGGAUGCCAAAAGAUUAACAUUAUUGUGUGGAUCCAAGCUGUUUAAUUGGCAUAUGCAGGGAAAAUAUGCAUUUGGAGAGAAAUGCAUGGCUGUUUAUGGCUCUGCUUGUCAUUCCUCAACUUAUGCACUGUUUGUUCAAAGAAAUCACCAGCAGGAAUUUAAUGCACUCAGCUGGUAAAGCUAACUUUGUUUACUGAACUCAGCAUUUUGUAUAUAUCUUAACAGCCUCUCAGUAAUUCAGAUGUAAUUGCCUUAGGCAAAAUGUCUAGCUAUAAGGCUGAGGUUCAUGUUUUAAUGUUGUACAUAGCUCAUUUGCUUCUUCAACCCUCCCCCCAUCUUCUCAGCUCUACUUUUAUUUUGACCAUCACUGCUCUCUGAUUGUUUUCUACUAUAUCUUGUCGUUCCAUAUUGACAAAGAUUCCAGACUAGUGCAUGUAGGUAAAGAUUUUCUGAUUUUUAUGACUCCAGCAAUGCUCAAAGCUAUUAGCCUCUCUUGACCAAUGCUAGAACUAGAAGCCUCACAGACAGUGAUUCAAGGACACAGCUCUCAAUUAGUAUGUUUAUGGCAAGAACUAAGAAAUCUUAGCAAUGGUCAAGAGUAAGAUGCAAGCCCUAUUUAUAGUACAAGCAAGGUUCAGUUAUGCCUUUGUCUCUUCCCCCACCCCCUAGUGCAGCUGAUGGGAGGCACAGUCAUUGAAUUAGCAGACUAGAGCUGUUGAGAUUAGUUUGUGAGUUUGAAUCUGGAUGCUGAAAGAUUAACAUUAUUGUGUGGAUCCAAACUGUUUAAUUGGCCUGUACAGAGAGAAGAUGCAUUUGGAAGGAAACAAGAAGCUUGUUUAUGACUUCCUAAAACAGCUGUCGCUCAGAGAUAAAGCACACGUUUCACAUGUGGAAGACCAGAGAUUCUGUCCUCAGCAUUUUCAGUUCUUAAAAAAGGACAGGAUGUACAGGAAGGGAAGAUAACGAUCUGAGAUUUAGAACUGCAGAAUAGAUCAUUUUGAGCUGAGCCAGGAGUGCAUUCAGCUCCAAAGUCCUCUUUUUGUAGCCCAUAGAGCCUCGCCUAAUCAUAAUUGCUAGAAAUUUAGAGCAUAAAUUAUUGCCACUUUAAUUUGGAAGACCCACAAUAAGUAUAUUGUAAACCCUAAAAUAGAUUUGCCAUAUUUUGGGGGGGAAAUAGUGAAAGAAAACCUCCAAACGCUCCCCACCCCAAAUCACACCCACAUGUGUAAUAUGAUUGUAUCCACUUACAGUAAAGUAGGAGGACUAAGGGACAACCUGCGCUCAGAUCCAGCAAGUCUCAGUUUCAUAGGUUCCCAGGAGUCAGGGGAAUGGUAAUUAAUUGUAGAGGGAAUAGGGAAUGGCUUUGAAGGACAGGAGGAAGAGCUGCUACCAGGGCAAUGGCCAGAUAAGAGGGGCUUGAGCCUGGGCCAAGCAAGUAACUUGAGAAAAUGUUCAGACAAAGAUAAAGUGAGGGAGGAGGGAGCACAUUAAGACUUGCAAGAUUCUGUUACUAGAACCAUGACAGUUAAAGUACUCCUGACCUAUUUGGCAUUGGUUUCUUAGUCUGCUCUACCUUGUUGGCCUGACAUUAAUUCUGAAUGAAUUGCUGACCUUCAUGACAAAGUAGUGGAGUAAGGAGUGAAACAGAAGUACCAGUAGAAGAGAAUUUAUAUAGCUCAGGGUUGAACUGUGGAGUCCUUGGUGCUCUCUGAGCUUGGUUGUUUGCUUGCAGAUGAUAAUGAUGUUACCUAGUUGGGUAAUGAAAUGUCCGCAAGCAAACAACCAAGCUCAUAGAUCACCAAGGGCUCCACAGUUAAACACAAGUGUCACAGUCCUAGCCACAAACUCAGUGGCAGGUUUGCAGGCCAAAGGUUCCAAGUUCAUCCUCUGGUCUCACCAGUUUGAAGAACCAAGUAACAGAUGAUAAGAAAUAAUUUAGCUUGAGAUCAAGAGUUGAAGCCAUGCAGAGUGUAGACCAUAGUAGGGUAGAUGGAGAAAUAAUUUGAUGGCAGCUGUCUGUGUCCCUAUAGAACUCCCAUUUCUAAAUGGGAAGUAGCUGAGGUGCUGAAAUUAGUGUCAGGCUUUUGGGAUGUUGCCUGGAUCAUAAGUAAUCCUCUUCCUAGGUACAAAUCACUGAGUCAUCUUAGGAAGAUUUAUUGAAAUGAAAUGAAUGAGGUUACAAGAAUUUCAGCAACUUGGCUAUUUCCCAUUUAGAAGUGAUUUCUCUCCUAUUAGAAUGGCAUUUCUUUCGGAAGACAUACUGUAUCUUUGGAGUCUUUUCACUGAUAAUGUAUGAGCAGGUGUAUUUACAUAACUGUAAAUACAGCUAUGUAAAUCCAGAUCAGCCACAGAACUAAGGUAGGGAACCUGUGGCCAUCCAGGUAUUGCUGAACCACCAUUCCAAGUUGCCCAAGUAUCAUGGCCAAUGAUGAGGGAAGCUAGUAGCUGCAGUUGGCAGCUUGUGGAGCCCCUACUAUUCCUAUUACUCCACACUGUUGUAUGCUAAUCAGAACUGCAUUCUCAUAUUCAGAGCAAAUGAUUUUUUGUCCUUUUUUUGUUGUUGGGCAUGAAAUAUGUCCAGAUUAUUUUUCACACUGGCUAUAAAAUGUAGUGUUCAUCUCCUUAUCCUGUAAAACAUCUGCAUUUCCAAAGCCAUAAGAUGGCAGUAUUUUUGCAGAUUCUUCUUCUCCCUGAUUGAGCUUGGCACCUCUUCUCUUUGCCAGUAUGUUUCUCCAGUUUCUCUCUGAAUUUGGAAUAAAUUCUGCCUGCCUUUUGUUGCCAGUUGGCUUCAGAAAACAGAUUGUAUAUGCACUUGGGAAGGCUGGGUGGGUUAAUGGGAAACCAUAUUUGAAUCUAACUAUGGAGAAAAUAGUAGAUGUUCUCAGCAUUACAUAGACUUCCACUUCCAGCUGUGCUGGUUACCAGUGAAGAUACAAAUGUCUUAAGAGCUGUGGUUUUCCUCUCUGCCCAACCCAGGAAAACAUGGUGAAUUCUUCCUGGAACAUCUUUCACUCUCCUCCCUUUUAUGAUUCUUGGAAGACAAUACCAGCUCCAGAUUACUUUUGCCUGGAGAUGAAUGCUUCUUGACUUAAAAACAUCUGUUUUUGGAUGGUUGUCUUCCGGAGUUUCUGUGGGUGACUUCAAGUGAGUUGCAUACUUCCAUGAGGAUAAAAUGGGCAGGAGAGAAUGGCUACUCCUGGGUAGAGCUGCCACCUCCAAUUCUUUUAUCCAUGUCCCCUCUGUAUGAAAAGGCACCAGACUAUCCACCAGGAUGAGUAAAAUCUGGAAGGACAUGGCCUGAAGCAAAUGAUGAAGCAGACUUGCUGAAAUUUUAAGCAGGUUUUGAUGUGGAUAGAUAACCAGCUAGAAACUCAUGUCUGAGCUUUCUAGCGGUCUAAAAGGACAUAAAUAAAGUUUAUUUUAAAAUAAACUAUUUUAAAAAAUAGUUCUCCAAGGAAUGUCUGAAAUUUAUACAUGCCAGCUAUGCUCAACUUUAUUCUGUUCUUAUUCUGGGCUCAAUUUCAUUCUGUUAAUAGUUGAACAACUAUGUAGGAAAACAAUCUCUGUGCAAGAAGCUGGUAAGUGUAAUUAGACUCCCUAGCACUGCACACAAGCAUGACUUACAAGCAGACACUCCUUGUGUAUCCCAAGUCUCAGAACAGUUAUUGAAGCCCUUCACCAACCUGGCACCCUGUAGAUGCAUAUUACCUCCUUAGCUGCUGUAUUUGUCGUCUACAUUUGGCCACACAGACAAUAAUACCACACACAAGAGUUCAUGUGAAUGAUUAAACACUGUUAGGUAAGAGCUUCAUUAGGGAAAAAUGUUCUGUGGUCCAAGGGGCACAUCCAAAGAUUUGUUAAUGAUUUGAAGCAUGGGGUCUUAUAUCUGGCUGGUUUUAUAUCACCAUCACAUUGUUGUGCCUAUUGAUUGACCAUUAAAUUAAAAUUGUUAUUUUCAGUACAGAAUUUAUUGCAGCAGACUUGCCUUAUUUAUUUUUAUAACUGUAAAUGAGAAUAUUAAAAAAUAUAUGAUUCUAUGUUUGAUUGCCUGUCUUUGUAUAGGUACACCUGCAUUCAAAGGAUUAAUUGUAGAACUGCAUGCAUCAGCAUUUCUUUUGAUGAAGAAGUAAUGAUGGGUGAAAGUAGGAUAACUAUUUUAGGUGGAACAUCUUUUUUCCUGCAGGCUAUGCCAAAUCUGGAAAUAGGAAAGGCCAUACCUGUUAGUUUUGGACUUACCAU